GCGCACGGCAGAGGUCCGAGCCAAGCGUAGACGCAGGGGGGGUAUUUCCUUUGGCAUGCUCCCCGUAGCCGUAGCGGCAGCUCCCGCGACUGUCGAAAUUCGUCGCCGCUGCGGUGUCGUUGCGCCGAGUGCCGAUGUCGUGCCGCCACCGUGGACCAUUUGUGAGCGGUAGGGCGUGACGAGCGAGAGCGGCGGUUGAAGGAGCGUGUGUGUGUGUGUGUGCGUGGUGGUGGUGCCGCUGCACGGUCGCGGUGCAAGCAGCAGGCUACGCCGCUGACCCUCCGCUGUCGUUACUUCCCGAGUGUGACGACUCGCGUGCUUGCUACUGCUCGCUUUGCGAGCGAGAACCGUCGUGCUGCUGUGUUGUGUGGUGCGUCGACUUGACGGACGCGCUUCGGGCCCGCUCCGAGCAGCAACCUCAAGCGUUCGCGGGCGCGUGUUUUAUUUGUAUUUUCUUACGGCACCUUGGCCGGUGUGAAGGAGGAAUCCCCCCUUUUGUGCUUACUGCCUUCGUCGAAGCCCGCUCGUUCCCGUCGGUGGCGUCUCUCCCUUCGGUGGCACGAUGACGAAAUGACAAGACGAGACGGAUACUGAAGCAAGUCGCCGGUGCCGCGGUACCCUGGCACACCAAGCCGCGCCGGUUUGAGCGAAGGGGCCCGUCGUCCAAGCGGCGGCUCUUCACCAGUGGGAGGAUGGGUGCCUUCCUGGACAAGCCCAAGGUGGAGAAGCACACAGAGGGUGGCCAAGGCAAUGGGCUGCGAUAUGCGCUGGCCAGCAUGCAGGGCUGGCGCGUCGAGAUGGAGGACGCUCACUGCGCCAUGGUGGGCCUACCCUGCGGCCUGGACCGCUGGAGCUUCUUUGCGGUCUUCGACGGGCAUGCGGGCGCCCGUGUCUCGGCCCACUGCGCCCAGAACCUGCUGGAUGCCAUCAUCCAGACGGACGAGUUUGCCCAGACCGUGGCCUCCACCUCGGACGUUGGAGAGGGCGGGGAGGAGCUGGCCGAGCGGGUGGCCACCGGCAUCCGGCGGGGCUUUCUCUGCCUCGAUGACCAGAUGCGAGCUUUACCCGAGGUGGCCUCGGGGGAGGACAAGAGCGGCUCGACGGCCGUCUGUGCCCUCAUCUCGCCCAGCCACGUCUACUUCGCCAACUGUGGUGACUCGCGCGCCCUCCUGUGCCGGAACGGCCAACCGGCCUUCACAACCCGUGACCACAAGCCAAUCAAUCCCGGGGAGAAGGAGCGCAUCCAGCGGGCUGGCGGGUCUGUUAUGAUUCAGCGGGUCAACGGCUCCUUGGCGGUCUCGCGAGCCUUGGGAGACUUUGAGUACAAACAGGUGGCCGGAAGGGGCCCCUGCGAGCAGUUGGUAUCACCCGAGCCCGAAGUGACUGUACAGGCACGGGACACAUCGUCAGAUGAGUUCCUGGUGCUCGCGUGCGAUGGCAUCUGGGACGUGAUGAGCAACGAGGAGCUGUGCCACUUUGUACACCACCAGCUCUGCAUCUCGCACAACCUCGAAGAGCUCUGCGCUGCUGUCAUUGACAUCUGCCUCUACCGGGGGAGCAAGGACAACAUGAGCAUUGUCCUUGUGCUGUUUCCCGGUGCUCCAUCGGUGAGUGAUGAGGCACUGCAACAUGACCGCGAACUGAAUCAGCUCAUUGAGAAGAGGAUCACAGAGAUAGUUUCGGAGGGCUCUGAUGCAGAGCUGAACAACAUCAUCCAGGCACUUGCCGAGGAAGACCUGCCCGGCCUCCCUCCCGGUGGAGGAAUUCUCGCCAAGAGGAGUUUCAUCGAGGAAGUGUACAGCAAGUUAAAACCCCCGUCCACGUCAUCAGAGUCGCAGGUGAAGAGCCAGUCACAGGAUUGUGAACAAGCGGAGGAAGCAGCAAAUCAUUGAGAGGAAUGGAUGCUUUCGUCAACACAAAACGGAGCGUCGCUAUGAAGUGUCCUCCAUCGCAUCACCUUGUUUUUUUCCCCGUGAAAAUGUGGCUGCCGAUUACGACCGUCAGGGACUGCUUGGCAGCAACGGCAACCAUAAGCAAACCAACCGCUCACGAACGGCUGCCAGCAACAAAUCGAAGGAAAGCAAGAGAGACGUCGGAAGACUUUGCUUGGCUGUGGACUGGUACUCGUUGAUGGCCAUCAGCAGCUGUGGCGGCCCUUAGAAGCAACCUUUGCAGAGUGGUAAUUGGGAGAGAUAUGGUGGCUAGCCACGGACCGACCGACUGGCUGACUGACCGGUGUCAACUUGCGUAGUGUGUGCGUGUGCGUGGCAGGUGUUGACACAUCGGCAUCCCCCCUUUUCCCUUCCUUACUUUGCAUAGUCUACUACCGUCUUAGGUUUUUCCAUUCAUUUGUUUUCAGCGAAGAACCUUGUUUUUCUGCCCUUUGUAAAAUGCAAACAUGCAGACUGCACAUCACUCACUCAUUCAUUCUCUCACUCACUCGAUCACCCUUGACAGGUGACGAAACGCGCAUCGUCGACUAACGCAGAUGCACUUACACAUGAAAAUAAUACAUGAAGAAAAGGGCCGUGUAGGUUGGUCUUAGCGCAACACAGCCCACUUCGCUCUUUUUUGUCUAUUUUUCUUAUUCUUCUUUUUUCACAUUACGUCGACGUCAAUUCCCUUCGCGCAUUACCUCCCUCCCCCCUCCUCUGCUGCCUUUCCGUCUACCCUAGCAUACCAUCGUCUCCACGAUUUUCACAUCAUCCCCAGUGUUGUACAAUGACCGUUGUUACAAUUACCAUUACAAUGAUUAUUAUAUUAUUGUCGUCGUCGGAAUCGUGAACGAGGGCCGUGGUGACUUUUUUUUCUUUCCUUCCUCGAAGUUUCCUUUAUAAGCGUGCAGCAGAGACGCAGAAGAAUAGUGGCGGCGCGCGUGACUGUGUGUGUGUGUGUGUUGUGUGUGCACGUGCUGCACGUAAUUGGUAGCAAGAGAGCAACCAAAUGUCGGGGCUGAAUCCUGUCUUCAUUGUUUGAGUGUUGUUGUUUCUUUUUUAAGGAUUUCGUCGAGCAGUGAUUUUAUGCCUACCCCAUUUUUUUCUCUUGUGUUUCUUUCUCCUCCUCCUCACGUUUUUUUUUAUCCUUAUUAUAUCUCGGCGUUGUUAGGUUUUUCUCAGCGUUGACGGGUAUUUCGCCACGGCUCAGCAGGAGACAAGCACAAGGACAAUAAUAAAAGAAAAAAAAAUCCCUGAA